AUGAAGGACGAAGUGGCUCUUCUGUCCACUGUCACCCUUCUGGGAGUUCUGCUGCAAGCCUACUUCUCCCUGGAGGUGAUCUCGGCACGACGGACCUACCGCGUGUCGCCACCGCUCACCACCGGCCCCCCGGAGUUCGAGCGCGUCUAUCGAGCUCAGGUGAACUGCAGCGAGUACUUCCCGCUGUUCCUUGCUACGCUCUGGGUUGCUGGCGUCUUUUUUCACGAAGGGGUGGCAGCGAUAUGUGGCCUGGUCUACCUGUUCGCGCGCCUCCGCUAUUUUCAGGGAUACACACGCUCUGCGCAGUUCAGGCUGACCCCGCUCUACACGAGCGCGCGUGUACUCUGGCUGCUCAUGGCCCUGGGGGCGCUCGGACUGCUGGGUCACUUCCUCCCGGCCACACUGCGUGCUGCACUCUUCGCACAACUGUGGGGUUUGCUGCCUGAGGUCUGA